UGGGGUAUCUUGUCGUCGUCACAAAAAUGUCAUUGUGUCAGUUUGAGCGUAGCCUGUUUUGAAAAUUUGUUAAAAUUUCGCAAAGUGUUAAUACUAAAUUUCUGUUUGUAAUGUAAACAUCAAAAUCAAGUGCAGCACGCUGUUUUACAUUUGCAUUUCCCGUUUAUUCGUUUUCGUUUUGUUUUUUCCAUUUUCCAUUACUUCGUAACUUUAACAUUCCUUUUAAGAGAUAAGACGUGAGAAAAACGAUACAAAAUAUAGAAGAAUAAUGCCUUUGUUAUGGGGUAGGGAUUGCUUCCCGCGAUUUUAUCGUCGUGGUUAUCAGCCCUUGGGACAAAAUACCCUGCCCAGCAUCGGCGUAAGACAUUUUCAGUGUUUCCUCGUAUUCUGUGGCUUAUCUGUGGCGUAUGCAUUACGCGUCAACUUGUCUGUGGCUAUUGUGGCAAUGACCGAUCACAACUCAACGAAUCCAGAUUUCGCAGUUUAUGAUUGGGAUUCUAAAGAGAAAUCUCUGUUACUAAGCAGCUUUUUCUGGGGCUAUGUAGUAACUCAGAUUCCUGGCGGAUUCUUGUCUCACAAAUAUGGUGCCAAAUUCACACUCUUCACAGGGAUAUCAGUUUGCUCAUUACUCGCAUUACUGACUCCUCUGGCUGCAGAGGUUGGUAAUUCGGGGCUGGUAUUUGUUUUGAGAGUUGUUCAGGGCCUUUGCCAGGGAGUUGUUUUCCCCUCAACGCAUACAUUCCUAUCGAAAUGGGCUCCAGCUGGGGAGCGUGGACGUUUGGUUACUUAUUGUUACUCUGGAACGCAAUUUGGAACUGUUGUAAUGCUAGCUGCUAGUGGCUUCAUUGCAUCCUCCUUCCUAGGAUGGCCGAGCAUUUUUUAUGUGUCCGGCUUGGCAGGCAUUGUAUGGGCAAUAGUUUGGCUCAUUUACGCUGCAAGUAUGCCGUCCGAACACAAAACCAUAUCAGAGGAUGAGAGAAGGUACAUCGAGUCGACAUUUAAUCAGCCAAGGGACAACAGACGCACAAUCCUUCCCACACCAUGGCUCAAGAUAGCUACCUCAAUGCCAUUCAUCACCUUGCUGAUCGUCCAUUGCGGCCAAAACUGGGGUUUCUGGACUCUACUUACUGAAAUUCCAAACUACAUGAAAAAUGUACUUAAUAAAGACAUCAAAAGCAAUGCCAUGCUAUCCGCUCUGCCUUAUCUAGUCAUGUGCUUGCUUAGUUAUGUGUUCAUUUUCAUAACUGACAUCUUAAAUAAGAGAAAGUUCCUGUCGCUGUCUGUUUCAAGGAAGCUUUUCAACAGCAUCGGACACUGGGUGCCUAUGGUUGCGUUGAUUGCCUUAGGCUAUGUCACCGCAGAGCACCAAAAGCUGGCAAUUGCACUGCUUACCAUUGCUGUAGGCGUAAAUGCCGCGACUUAUUUGGGCUUCCAAGUGAAUCACAUUGAUCUAUCGCCAAACUUCGCUGGAACUUUGAUGGGAAUUACAAACUGCGCUGCCAAUGUUAUGAGCAUUUUAGCUCCACUUACAGUCGGAAUUAUUGUCACCGAAGAGACAAAUCCUUUGCAAUGGCGUUUGGUAUUCUUUAUAACAGGUGGAUUUUAUCUCGUUGGCAAUACACUAUUUUUACUUUUUGGUAAAACCGAAGUGCAGCCUUGGAAUUAUCCGAACCAAAGAGAAAGACGUUCAAGUAGUGAUCAAGACGCACUUUUGGACACAAACGGUGCUGAAAUAACAUAAUCUAUGAUCUAUGAUAACUUUUUUUCUUUUUUGUGACUAUAGAGCAUUAAAUGACUACUGGUUGUCAAUUAUUAUUUUUUUGUAUUACUUAAAAAUUUAGUAUUAAUGUUGAUAUAAUAAAAUAUUAGUAUCAUAAAUGUUUAUAUACAUAAAUAGUUAAUAAAUAUACUAACCAAAUUAUAAUUGGUUUUGUACAAUAUUUAUAAAAAAAAUACAAUAAAUGAAUUCACAAAUGUUUAUACAUAUACCAA